GGCAUCGUCAAUAAUCAUUCGAAGGAAGGGUGUGGAAAAAUCGUUCGGUGUUAACGACCAAUAAAGCUUUUUUAUUAGUUUAUUUUUUUUAUUAAUUUGCAGUUGGGUUCCUUCAUAAACGUGCAAGUUGAACUGUUUUUAAAUCUACACUUAAAAAUUUUGUGUCACUGAAGUGUUGUCUUUCGGCUGACAGCGUUACCGGUAUAAACGCAUUUAAAAUGAUGGAUAAAUAUAUUGCAGUUUGAUUGUGAACAAUCUUUCGUUGUUGAUUAAGUUCAAGUUACCUGUGUUGACUGUUAUUAAAAAUGGGUUGCGCAGUAAGUUCUGUGGCUGACAAAGAAGCAGUUGAAAGAUCGAAGAAAAUUGAUAAAGAUUUAAGAGCCGAUGGAGAACGUCAGGCUCGAGAAGUUAAAUUGCUCCUCUUAGGUGCUGGAGAAUCUGGUAAAAGUACUAUUGUCAAGCAAAUGAAAAUUAUCCAUGAGGCUGGUUAUUCCAAAGAAGAAUGCUUACAGUAUCGUCCAGUUGUUUACAGCAACACCAUACAGAGCUUGAUGGCUAUAAUUAAAGGACUUGGACAGUUAAAAUUGGACUUUGCUGAUCCGUCAAGAAAAGAUGAUGCUAGACAGUUCUUUACGAUUGCUGGUGCCUCUCAAGAUGGUGAACUAAAUCCAGAGUUAGCUGCAAUCAUGAAAAGGCUCUGGCAGGAUCCAGGCUUACAGCAUUGUUUUUCACGCUCAAGAGAAUAUCAGUUGAAUGAUUCUGCUGCAUAUUACCUCAAUGCCUUAGAUAGAAUAGGACAACCCAAUUACAUUCCGUCUCAACAAGAUGUGCUGCGAACUCGUGUGAAAACCACAGGAAUUGUAGAAACACACUUUACGUUCAAAGGCUUACACUUCAAAAUGUUUGAUGUAGGUGGUCAACGGUCAGAAAGGAAGAAAUGGAUUCAUUGUUUUGAAGGAGUCACAGCUAUAAUUUUCUGUGUUGCUUUAAGUGGCUAUGAUCUAGUGUUGGCUGAAGAUGAAGAAAUGAAUAGGAUGAUAGAGAGCAUGAAGCUUUUUGAUUCAAUUUGCAAUAACAAGUGGUUUGUUGAGACGUCUAUUAUAUUAUUUUUAAAUAAGAAAGAUUUAUUUGAAGAAAAGAUUACCAAAUCUCCUUUGAGUAUUUGCUUUCCUGAAUAUACAGGAAAUAAUACCUAUGAAGAAGCUGCUUCAUAUAUCAAAAUGAAAUUUGAAAAUCAAAACAAACGAAAGGAUACCAAAGAAAUUUACACGCAUUUUACUUGUGCAACAGACACUAACAACAUACAGUUCGUUUUCGAUGCUGUCACCGAUGUCAUAAUAAAAAACAAUUUAAAGGAUUGUGGCUUGUUCUAGUGAAAUGACUAUCAUAAGUUGUGUUAAUUUUUACAGAAAUUUUCUGAAUCAAGUGUGUGUGGCAAAUGGUCUUGUAUGUAUAUUUUUUUCACAUGUGAAGGCUUUUCCUCUUGUUAAGAAAUAUUUCCUUUUUAUUCCACUUGAAACUGCACAUGUCUUUCCACAUUUUUGCACUGUUCUUGUACAACUGUGCCAAUUCUUCUGUGUUGUAUAAUGCACAAAUUAUCUUGCCUUAACAUUUGUGCCUUUUAAUAAUAUUGAAAUUUGGUACUUGUGCCAAAGAUGUUAUCUCCAUAAACUUUUUGAUGGAUAUUUAUAGAACAUGUCUGUAUAAUUAGUCUUUUAAGAGUUUUGAAAUUAUGCUGAGAUUUAAAACUUUGAGAUUGCUUUAUUUCAUAAAAAUGUUGAAUAUUAUGGAAAAUAUCAUUGCUCCCCCACCUUUUCUUUUCUGUCUCUUUGUCAAAUAGAAAGAAAAAAAUAUUAGAUGUUGCUUCCUGUUUUUCAUUUUAUCGAUUUACUUACAUAAUAUGACCUCCUAUAUCCAAAACAAAUAAAUAGAAAGGCAUAAAUUAGUUGAUUGUAAAAAAACAAACAAAAUUAACACUACCUCCAAAAGAAAAAAAAAUGUGUUUACAUGUUCCACUGAACAAUUAACUUUUCAGGCCAUUUUCAUCCACAAAAAGAGUUACUCAUGCUUAUAGUUUUUUCAGUACAAUCUAUUGCAUUUAUUUUGGGUAUGAGAGGUUUUAUUAUUUUACUGAAUUGCUCCUAAGCUUUAGUACUCUGUACAAAAUGGCUGUAGGGAUUAACAUAAAUAUUUUAGACUGAUAGACUUGCAUGUUUAUUAAUUUGUUUCAUUGUUCAUUCUUUCCUUAUAGUUUAUAUCUCCCUCACUAUUUCUUUCCCCCAGCCUUCAUUUUUGCAAUAUUUUCUUCCCCAGUUUUUUAAAACUAAUUCAAAGCUUUCUUCUAAUAAAGCUUUAAACUAAUUCAAUAUUUAAAAGUCACUAGUUAUAGUGUAAUUUCAUCGUCUUCCAUUUAAGCUUUUCAUUUUAGAAAUUACAAUUUGAACUGGUUCGCAUGUGUAUUUGUAUUAUACUGUAUUAUAUUUCAACAGCAGUGGAUAUAUAUUUUUUAUCCUUCUAUUUAGAUAUGUUCAAAUUUAAAAAGCUUUUUCUGAGCUAUAUUUCAUAGCUGUGAAAAUUGUUUUUUGACAUUAUUUGUAAUAUAUAAUGUGUUUGAAAUAGUUAAAAUAAUUUACUUUUUGAAAUGUGUUUCGUAUUUUUGUAUUCAAAAUAACAUUUUAUUAUUUUGAAUUAAAGUGUAUUCAAAGUUUUUCAUGUAAAUCUUUUGCGUGUAAAUAUUUUGUCGCGGGCAUAUUAUUGUACAGGGAACAUAUUGAAUAUUUUGCAAUGUAUUUUUAUAGUCUUAUUUUAACAAAUUCGAUUUUUAAAAAAUGCAAUGAUGAAAAAUAUUUUGUUAGACAACUAUUUUAAAUAUUCUUGGCAACCGUAAAAUUUGAAACAAAGGUCAUCAGAGCAAGAUAAUCAGAGAUUUAAAUAAGAAUAGAAAAAUUGUUAUUUGUGUGUGUGUGAGAGAAACAUUUCAGCAUGAAAUUUUCACUCUGAUAAUUCAAUAUAUAUAUAUUACAGUAUUGAGUACUAGGAAUGAAGUUUCACAUAAUAUUUGCUACUCCAUUUUUGAACUUUUGUAUUCACUUUAUACAAAUAUUCACUAGGUGGAUAAAAAAGAAUAAUCAUUUAGUACAGUUUUAUAGUAAAAAUAUGUAUUUUUAACAAUAAAUGGCGUGUAGAAGCUGAGUGACUAAGAAAAUUAAUAAUGAAAGUGCACUUCUUUUUCAAGCAAAGUAAGUGCAACAUGCGUAAAUCUAUAAUAAGAAUAAAAUGUUGAAGUAGCGGUACUUUGAAUCCCCCCCUCCCCUUUAGAAAUCAAAUUUAACAUUCAUAGCUUUAUUAACUAAAUGUGAGCAGUGAAACUCAAAAGUGCUUGAUUAUAAAGAAAAGCAACAUAUAAAUUGAUAUUAAAUCCGAAAAUUUUAACCAUCCUGUUUUCUUAAGACAAAAGAAUCCUUAGGGCUUUGUGUAACUAUUUUAUAAUUGUUUAUACAACAGUUAUAAAAUAAUUACCUCUAAAAAUUUAUCUUCUGUAUCGUUGAUUUUUCAAACAAGUGUUGUAAUAAAUGCCUCUUUUUUUUUUUUAAAUAAUACUUAGUUGAUUAUUCCCAAUCCGCCAAAAGCUGGCCUUAAUAAGGGAAAUAUUGUGUGUCAGAAAUGACUUUUAGUAUAAGUCUGCAGAAUUGUUUGUUUCUUUUGUAUUUAAUAGUUCCAAGACCUCAACCACACCUGAAAAUUUUCAUGUCAUGUUAUGGGGAUAAUUAACUUAGAUAGAUCGGAUCUUGCUAGUUAAAAGGGAAAAUUGAGAUUAUCUUUUGCUAAUGUUUAAGUAAUUUCCAUUACUGUGCCAAGUUAUACAUUGUAAUAAUUCAAAAUUUAAAUAGUCAAGCUUGUUUUGAAUAGUUCAGUAAAAUUUAUUACUUUUAAAGCAGUUUUUCAAAAAUUUGUGAUAUAUUUUCAUCUUCUCACAUAUUAGUUGUGAGUUUACAUCAUUAAUUAUUUUGAGAUUUCAUCUGUUCUGAUGUCAUGCGUAGUUCUUUCUUGCAAACUUCAUUUGAAAGAUGUUGCAUUUAUCUAUCUACCUUCUACAUUCCUAUAUUGUACCAGUUAAAUAAACGAAGAUUUUUUUUUAAACUUUUAUGAACUGUAAGAUGUUUCGAUAUUUUAUUAAUAUCUAUAUACACAUGUACUGUAUAAAAAGUUUAAAUAAAAUAUUUUAUCUGA